AUGAAUAGAGAAAUAGCAUAUGCACUCUCUUUUCUCUUCUUCCUACUAUCGUCUCUAUUCUAUUCCAACCUCAUCACCUUUGAUCAACAAUCACUUUUUCGGUUUGAUUUCUCAUCACAUAUUGCUCCCAAUAAUUCUAAAACAUUGCUACCAAUUGAAGUUUGUGAUUUUUCCAAAGGCCAAUGGGUUUGGGAUGAAACUUAUAACUCUCAUCAAUUUUACGAUGAAAAUUGUCCGUUUCUUGAUCCUGGAUUCCGGUGCCGACAAAACGGUCGCAACGAUGAAGGCUACCGGAAAUGGAGAUGGCAACCUGAUGAUUGUAAUCUUCCACGAUUCAAUGCCAGUGACCUCCUAGAGAGAAGCCGCAAUGGACGCAUUGUAUUUGCAGGUGAUUCAGUGGGAAGAAACCAAUGGGAGUCCUUACUAUGCAUGCUAACAAAAGGGGUAUCUAACAUGUCAAAAAUAUAUGAAGUGAAUGGAAGUCCCAUAAGCAAACACAAAGGCUACUUAAUCAUGAAAUUUGAAGAAUACAACAUGACAGUAGAGUAUUACAGGGCACCCUUCUUGUCCAUUAUAGGACGUCCACCACCCAAUUCAACUAAAGACAUCAAAAUGACUAUCAGACUUGAUGAGUUGCAUUGGUAUUCCAAUCAAUGGAAAGAAGCAGAUGUUCUUGUUUUGAAUUCUGGUCACUGGUGGAACCCAGACAAAACUAUCAAGUCGGGUAUCUACUUCCAGGAAGGAGGAAAGGUAAAUAUGACUAUGACAGUGAAAGAAGCUUUUAGGAGAUCCUUACAAGCAUGGAAAAUAUGGGCUUUGAGUAAUCUAAAACCUAUGAAGAGUUUCGUCUUCUUCCGAAGCUAUUCGCCGGUUCAUUACAGGAAUGGCACAUGGAAUGAAGGAGGGAACUGCGACAAGGACUCGGAACCAGAAAACGACCCAACAAAAAUCGAAACUGAACCAUAUUACAACUUAUUUAUAUCUGAUGCUGUUAAAGAGAUGCAAAAUGGAAGCUGGAAAGUCAACUUUUUGAACAUCACGUAUCUUUCAGAAGUGAGGAAAGAUGGCCACCCUUCCAAAUAUCGGGAACCAGGAACUCCGCCUGAUGCUCCUCAGGAUUGUAGCCACUGGUGUUUACCCGGAGUGCCUGACACGUGGAACGAACUUAUCUAUGCCCAGCUCCUCUCUAAGAAAUUUGGAACCAAAUUUAUUUUUCCAGAAAGCAAAGAAGGAAGCUGAUCCAAUUUUCAUCA